AUGCACAGAGAUAUGAUACAAUAUGAAUUGGAGGAAAUGGAAAUGUUGUGUAUUUUGGAGGAAAAGGUUCAGAAGGAGUUAGGAACGAUUGAAAAGCUGAUCGAAAUAACUAAAGAUAAUAUAGAAAACCUGAAUAAUUAUAUAAACAAAACAUAUAAUGAAAUAAAAAGUUUGGCUAGCAAAAAACCAACUAGAAUAAAUUGGGAAAAGGCAGAAGGAAGAACACACAUGUCUAUGUUUUAUCAAAAGGAACAUGGUUUUGUGCCUUCUAAUGAGGAUGCAUUAAAAAUUACAGAAUUUCAAUUAAGUGUAACAAAUUAUCGUAAAAAAUAUGAAUAUAAGAAAAAUGAAUGGACAAAGAAAGAAAUUGAACAUUUGUUCCAUGUAAUUGAGAAAGUUGCUAAAAAAUAUGCCAUUCGUUAUUUAAUAGAUUUGAAUUUACCAUACGAAAUGAAAGAACAACAAAGAAAAGAAAUUGAAGAAAACAGUAAUGAUGUGAAAAUCAUUUUAUCAAAAAUUAAAUUGCAUUUUGAUGAAAUUCAAAAGUUGUCUAUAAAGGAUAAUAACAAUUAUAAUAUUGAUACAGCUCGUCCAAUUGGAGCAUUAAAAAAUUACACAAUUGAUAAUAGAGAAAUUACAAGUUUUUCUGAUUUUUCAAGCAUAUUUUGGCAUGAAGUAUCAUCAAAUUUAACAAAUAUGCAGACAGCAAGAGAAUGCCAAAAAACAUGGUUAUAUCACUGUUGUUUUGAUGACUCCAAGCAGAAACAAUGGCAUCCUGAGGAAAAAGAUAAAUUGCUAAGCUUGUGUGAAAAACAUAAUAAACGAGAAUGGAUAUGCAUAGCUAGAGAAUUAAAUACCAAUAGAAGCCCUUUGAAUUGUUUUAUGGAAUUUAUAAAAUUAACAAAAAUGUAUGAACAGUCAGAAAAAAAAAUAAAACUUGAAAGAAUAGGUUUCAACGUUUUAGAAGAUAUUCAGUUGCAAAUUUUGGUUUCCAUUCUUGGUGACAAAAAUUGGUAUGAAGUGAAACGACACAUGGAAAAUCUAAAUUCUAACAUCAGACGUGUUCAAAUGAGAAAAAAUUACAAUUAUCAUGCCGGUGAACAUGACAAAAAGACGAAGAAAAAACUCAAUGAUGAAAUAUCCUACAAGCGUCGUUACCUGCGCUUGGUUCGUGGCCGACUCUCCCUGCACUGA